AUGCUGCAAUGCUCCGUAGGAACGCUGUGCAAUGUCUGCGAGCCGGGCCAGACCUGCCGUGAAGGCGGCGGGUGCGAUGGCCCCUCCAGCACCAGCAUCAGCACCAUCGCCACGUCCUCUGCGCCGCCGAUCACCGUCAGUACCAACACGACCCUGUCUCAAGCAACUUCCAGUACUUUCAGUACGGCUACUUCUUCACGAGCAACCGUGACGACCUCGACGCCCCUUAGCAGCACGCUGACCCAAUCGAGCGCCCCUCCCACAACCACCACGAGCGCCCCCGACAAUUCUGCCAUUCUGGCGCUCAUCGAGCAAAUCAUUGAGGACUAUGACGCGCUACGAGAAGCUGCUGUGGACUGGCUUGAAUCAGCCGAUUCCGAAAAUGCUAGUGCCGCGACUCGUCGAUCGACAUCUAAGCUGGGCAAGCGAUAUACUCCCGAUGAUGUUCCCUUGAACGUCCUCAGAAGGCGUCGCGACACGGUCGCAUCCGAAUUCGACGACGCAGAUUCGCAGGUUGAUGCCGCGGAGGCGUUCGGCUCUAUCACACACGAUCAAGCGAGCCAAUAUCGCGCCAUUAGAAGAAAUUUCAACAAACUGUCUUCCCUCCUCAGCAGUAUCACCAGCACGUCAGCUCCAGCAUAUGCAAGAGCCACUGGGCUGCAAUUAUUUACUGGACUUCUCGUCGACGUUGCACUUAUUGGCGUACUAAUUGGUGUUCUUCUCAUCGAUACCGGCGGCUCUCAGCCGACAAAGACGUACACCGCACCAGCGACUCCGACAGUCACACAGUCAGGGACACCCACUCCGGCGCUCGUCCUUCUGGAAGAAUCUGCAACGCGGACCGACUUUGAGACCAUUGUGAUUCAGCUAGAAAAGGAUGGAUCAGUGGUCAUUGAGGAGAUUACUGAUGACGACAUCUCUUUCUAUGCUCUCUAUGGCGAUUUGUACGACAAGAGCUUCUCCGACCUCGACGCUAACCCCCUCGUCAAUACCAUCUCCCCAGAUAUCGAGUUCCAGAUGUCAGACGUGAUUGAGACGGCAACGAGCUCGGUUAAACGGUCGCUUCGUCCAGCAAACACGACUCAAUCGGAAGAUGCCGCCCGCAUCAAGGCGCGCGAGCUGCCGCGAGAUGCCCUGUUCGAAAUCGGAAAGAUAGAAGGCGCUGUCGGGUUCCCAUUCCAUUUGAGGUGGCUCAACUCUCUUUGGGCGAAGAACGCUUGGGAGGGCGAGUUUCUCGACACGCCCGACUAUUUCUGGGAUGAUUCGCUAGCCACAGGCAACACCCUGAUAUACCUGCUAGACUCGGGCUGCGACAUGACACACGAGGAAAUCACUACCGGCAUCAUCAAAGAAGCGCACGACUACACACACACACGUGAUCUCGGGUUCCAAGGCAUCAGGGAUCCUUCAGGCCACGGCACACAAAUGGCCAGUGUCAUAGGUGGCCGUUUCAACGGUGUCAAUAAGAAGGCAAGCAUCAUCUGUUUGGGCAUCCAAGGCGGCCCGGACGAGGAGAAUGGCGGCUAUAAGAAUAUAUAUCUCUGGAGGGCCGUCAAGGGCAUCAUCAAGAUGCAGAAGCAAAGGAAUAGCCCGACGGCCAUUGUGAGCAUCUCGCAAGCCGCGCCCCGCGAGGACUUCAAGACGGGGAUAUUCGCGCGGCUGCGCAAGAACACGGACCCGUUCGCGGCGUUCCUCGAUCGCAUCUACAAGGCCAACGUGCACGUCGUGGCCUCGGUCACAAACUACGGGUUUGACGCGGCGCCCAAGGGCAACAUCGACUGGACGACGCCCCAGUGGCUCGGGGGCGCCGACACGCCGCUCAUCGAGGUGGGCAACUGCGACGAGAACGGGCGGCGGUACGACACGUCGAGCUACCUGCGCGAGGACACGUCCAAGGAGUACCUAUCCCUGUACGUCAUGGGCAAGCAGAUCCCCGUGCCGCUCCAGCGGACGGGCAACCAGUACGUCAAGGCGAGCGGCGCGUCGGCGUCGGCGGCCAUCACCUCGGGCCUCUUGUCCAUCCUGGCCGAGCUGGGCAACGACCUGGGGCCGCCCAAGCUGGGCGGGGCAAAGCGCCUCCUUCGAGACAUUGCCGUGGACAGAAAGGGGACGCUCGGCUGGCCCACGACGGAGGAGGGAUACUUUGUGCCGCGCGCGGCGACGUCGUGGGAGAUUGACUGCGAGCACGACGGCGAGACGGAGCAGGAUCCGGUCAUUGCCCCGUUUGUGACGAACCUGCCAAACAUUAUGCAGGUCACGGUGACGACGAUGGGGUACGCAGAGUACACGGGCAGUUUCGCGCCGAGCUGUCUCGCCGUCACCUCCAGGCCAACUCCCAGAGUGACCCGGCCUCUGUUCGAGCCCUCCACGGACGAGACCACGGCCGCGACGGCAACGACAAGCGACGAGGCGACCGCCCAGGCAACCACAGAGGAGGCGCCGACCACUGUCCCCGAGACAACUGCUGAGGCCACGCCGGCUCCCGAGACCAGUGCAGAGGGGGCAACGUCACCUGAAGCGACGACCGAGGCCACUACUGCUCCGGCGACGCCAGCCCCCUCGACGCCUGAGGAAACGCCGACGCCGACAGCGAGCGAGAGGGGAGCUGCGUCAUCUUGA